CGAUAUAAACAAGAAACACUUGGUUUGAGUGCAAGAAAAAGAAAAAAGAUGGAGAAAUCAUCAGGGCAAAAGCUUAUACUGAUUACUCAGGAACCCGACGGUAUUGCAUGGAUCACUAUAAACCGACCCAAGUCCCUAAAUUCUCUUACUAAGUCUAUGAUCAUCGACCUUGCUCGAAUUUUCAAGUCCCUAGACGCGGAUGAUUCGGUUCGGGUCAUUAUACUCACCGGAUCGGGUCGAUCGUUUUGCUCGGGCGUUGACCUGACAGCAGCGGAGGACGUGUUUAAGGGUGAUGUGAAGGAUAUUGAAACUGAUCCGGUAGCCCAAAUGGAGAGGUGUAGGAAGCCUAUUAUUGGGGCUAUUGAUGGAUUUGCUGUUACUGCUGGUUUUGAGAUUUCUCUUGCUUGUGAUUUGUUGGUUGCUUCUAAAGAUGCUAAAUUUUUGGAUACUCAUGCUAGGUUUGGGAUAUUUCCUUCUUGGGGUCUCUCUCAGAAACUUUCUCGCGUUAUUGGACCCAACCGAGCUCGUGAAGUGUCUUUAACUGCAAUGCCUAUCAAUGCAGAACAAGCUGAGAGAUGGGGUUUGGUAAAUUAUGUUGUAGACAGAAGUGAACUUUCGAACAAAGCUAGGCAAAUUGCAGAAGCCAUCAUCAAGAACAACCACGACAUGGUUUUGAGGUACAAGGCAGUUAUCAAUGAUGGGUUCAAACAAGAGUUGACCCGAGCCCUUGCUCUUGAGAAGGAGAGGGCUUUCGAGUAUUACGAUGGAAUGACCAAGGAUCACUUUAAGAAAAUGCAAAAGUUCAUUGCGGGACGGAGUUCAAGCAAAACUUCAUCAAAAUUAUAGAUAUCACAGAAAUAAAUUAGUUCCCUGGCACGUUUUGUUGAAAAAAAAAAUCAAAUAAUCAUAAAAUUCGCGCCAAUCUGUCUCAUUUUACAAGGCAAUGGUGUUUAAUAGAAACACAAAGGUAUAGAUGUUAUUGUAAUUUCAGUUGAGUGAUGAUGUUGUUAGCAAGCGACAAUUAUGGUCAACCUGCAUGUUUAUAUGACAUUAUGAAGGACUUAUGUUGCAUGCGAUAAUAUUACACGUUCUGUGUAAA